UGGGAUAUUGUUGCUGCAAUAAGUGAGUUAUAUAUUUGCCGCAUAGGUUCAAAAAAUAUAUAUAUAUAUACAUUACCUAAUUACUGUUACAAAAAGGGUAUUAACAGAAGACCUGUCUUUUAGAGGAUUACAGAAGAGAAAGCAUCGAUUGACAGUGUAAAUUGUGAAAGUGACUGACAUAAAUCCACAGGAACGUGCAUCAUAAAUGUGCACGUGAAACUGUUGAAAAUGUUUACCUUGGGGGCAGUAUUAUCUCAAUCAAGACUUUCAUGUGGUCGGCAACUGGUUUUGGUUCAUUGUCAGCGAUGUGCCAGUUCACAAGCUAAGGAAAGGCGAAGACAGGAACUUUUAGACCGUAUUAUUAGAGUCGACCACGCUGGAGAACUUGGUGCAAACAGAAUAUACCAGGGGCAGAUGGCUGUGCUGGGUAAUUCACCCGUGGGCCCUGUGAUACAGCAUAUGUGGGAUCAGGAAAAGGAACAUUUGAAAAAAUUUGAAGAGCUAAUACCAAAGCAUAGGGUUAGGCCCACAGUUAUGUUGCCAUUGUGGAAUGUUGCUGGUUUUGUUUUAGGUGCAUCUACAGCUUUGCUUGGCAAGGAGGGUGCCAUGGCAUGUACAACAGCAGUGGAGACUGCCAUUGUUAAACACUAUAAUGACCAAAUAAGAGAGCUCAUAGAAGAGGACCCAGAAGAAUAUAAAGAAAUGUUAGAUACUCUAAAGAAGUUUCGUGAUGAGGAGCAAGAGCAUCAUGAUACUGGAAUAGACUUUGAAGCGGAGAAAGCUCCUCUAUACAAUGUUUUGUACCAGACAAUUAAAUGGGGAUGCACUGGCGCUAUAUGGGUAUCUGAAAGAAUAUGACGUUAAUUAACGUUUGUUAACACGUUGGACUGUUGACAAAUGCCACAUACCUUCAGAGACUAGACAAAAACUUGUAUUUUCUUUAAGAACUGAACGCAAGAAGUUAUUUCAUGUCUUUGUUAUUUCAUGGAUUUUAAAGUGGAUGAGUCGACGAUCAACAACAGCUAAAUGCAAACAUGACUUAUUUAUUGCAGUCAGGUGUCGCAGUCUGUUAUUGAUCUUUUAACCUAUGCAACUAAAAAAUACAAAUUGCUCUGUAGCAUUUUGUAAUAAAGUAUAUCAAUUUAUUUCAAUAUUGUUAGGAGAUAGUCUAAAAAUAAAAAAAUACUGAACAUGCCUUAAUGUCAAGAAAGAUAGAUAAGAGCGAUUGCUGAAGUUUUUUUCUUGUAAUAGACGUUAUUAUUUAAAAAAAGCUUGGAAAGAUUAGGUUAAAUUAACUCAUUUCUAUGACGAUAUGCCAAACAGUAUGAAAUUUGCUGUCUUUAUAUCGCAGCAGUUUUAUUUGACGGUGCAUGUUUUUCAUAUUUCUAUAAAAGAAAAGUCCUUCCGUUGAAAUGUAUUGUUACUGCAUAUAUUUGCACUUAUGCUACAUCCGACUCCCAACCAUGGCUAGGAUUAUCAUAUCGCUAGCAUGCCAAGUGAAAAGAGAGCCCUC